AUGACAGCUUACUCCCAUCUGAACUUCGCUUUUGCGUUUGUGGACCCGAAGACCUUUGAGGUCGCGCCCAUGUCUGAAGGUGAUACCGCGCUUUAUCCACGGUUCACAGCUCUAAAGACAUAUAAUCCUGGACUGGAGACAUGGAUCUCCAUCGGAGGCUGGUCCAUGAAUGACCCUGACCAGCCCACUGCGACGACCUUUUCCGACCUUGCCGGCUCUGGCAGUGCCCAGACCGCAUUUUUCCAGUCACUCGUUCACUUCAUGUCGACGUAUGGCCUUGACGGCGUUGACAUUGAUUGGGAAUACCCUGUUGCCCCCGAGCGUUCCGGAAAGCCCGCAGAUUUUGCCAACUAUGUCUCCUUCCUCAAGAAGCUUAGAGAUGCUCUCGGGGCGGGUGGCCACAAAUAUGGUCUAUCCAUUACCCUGCCUUCCUCGUACUGGUAUAUGCAAAACUUUGAUAUCAAGUCCAUCGAGCCCGUUGUUGACUGGUUUAACGUCAUGACUUAUGAUUUGCAUGGUAUUUGGGACUCCACGGAUCCGUAUAUCGGCAGUGUUAUCAAUGCCCACACUAACCUCACGCAAAUUGACCAAACACUGGAUCUUCUCUGGAGAAAUCAGAUCGACCCCAGCAAGGUGGUCAUGGGAAUGGGCUUCUACGGCCGUAGCUUCACCUUGGCCGAUCCGAGUUGCAAUACCACUGGAUGCCCCUUUCCCGGGGGCGGCAAUGCCGGGCCAUGUUCGGCCUCCUCAGGCACUCUCAUGUAUUCAGAGAUCGGGGAUAUCUUGGCCAACGGAGCGACUGUUGUCGAAGACAAAACUGCUGGUGUAGCCAUUGUGACUUGGGGCAAGACCAGUGGGUAUCCUAUGAUAAUAACAACACCUUGA